GAUUAGCGAUUGGCGGUCCGAUUACCACUCAGCUAUCUUUGUUCUACCUGGAAACUGUUGUGCAAAAGAAAACAUGUGGCUCUUUAGAUGGAAAGGAGCAUCUGGUUUCUCUGCAUAUUCUACAGCAGAGGACGUUACUCGAGGGAUUGAUGGAACUGCUCUCACUGCCAUUGUUACAGGAGCAUCAAGUGGUAUUGGCCUAGAGACAGCACGCGUUCUUGCAUUGCGUGGUGUCCAUGUGGUUAUGGCAGUAAGGAAUGUGGAUGUAGGUAGGAAUGUGAAAGAAACACUACUUCAAGAGAGAAACGAUGCUAAGAUUGAUGUGCUGGAAUUAGAUCUUAGCUCAAUGGCAUCAGUAAGGAAAUUUGCAUCAGAAUUCCAGUCUUCUAAUUUGCCCCUAAAUAUCCUAAUUAACAAUGCAGGGGUUAUGGCAACUCCAUUCAUGCUAUCACUUGACAACAUAGAACUGCAGUUUGCAACAAACCAUUUAGGUCAUUUUCUUCUUACAAACCUUUUGUUGGAUAUUAUGAAACGUACUGCUCGUGAAAGCAAAAGAGAAGGGAGGAUUGUUAAUUUAUCUUCGGAGGGUCACCGGAUUGCGUAUCGUGAGGGAAUUCGCUUUGAUCAAAUCAAUGAUGAAUCAGGAUACUUUUCUUGGUUUGCUUAUGGACAAUCAAAGCUUGCUAACAUAUUGCAUGCUAAUGAGCUUGCGAGGCGUCUAAAGGAAGAGGGAGUUGAGAUUACAGCAAAUUCACUUCAUCCUGGAUCGAUUAUUAUGACUAAUCUUAUGCGCCACCAUGGUCUUAUUAACGCCGUUGGACAGACGAUUGGCAAAUACUUCCUCAAAAGUAUUCCACAGGGUGCUGCAACUACAUGCUAUGUGGCGUUACAUCCGCAAGUUAGAGGCAUUAGCGGAGAGUAUUUCAUGGACAGCAACAUAAGCCAACCAAGUAUUCAGGGUAAAGAUGAAGACUUGGCAAAAAGACUGUGGGACUUCAGCUUGACCUUGACCAAUACCAGGUAGUUUCUUGACAAAAGCCUUCU